GUCAUUUUAAGAACACUGACUAUUAUUUUUAUAAAGAGGGUGUGGAAUCUGGCUUUCUAAUUUCAUCAGGCAUUGAUUAAGAUAUUCUUGCUUCUUUCAGGUUCAUGCAUUUUAUUAACUGAGAUUUUCCUUCUUUAUUGUUAUGACAUGCAAUUUCUGAUAGAUUCUUGAAAUGGUCAAAUUUGUUAAUUUUAUUUGUAGAAGACGCAGAGAUGGUUUUGAUGACACCCGUCGACUUUGAUGAGAGGAAGGGGAAGGAUGCAUUGAGAACAAGCAGCUUCAAGAAAAGGGAUAAUACUGAUGAAUCAGAUCAUGAGCAAGAUAGAAUCCUUAAUGGAGAGACUAUGCGCUUCAAGAAAAAUAAACCCGGAAAGCUAAAGCUCCAAAUGACUGUUUCAGCACCUGAUAUCAUCAAAAGGAGGAUUUCUAUCACGAUUGCUUCUCCAGAACAAGCAAAAUUUCUGUCUUCCAGGCCUGCUAGCGAGCUUCAUGCAGCUGCUACUAAGCUGCAAAAGUUUUACAAAAGUUACCGGACUCGAAGAAACCUUGCAGAUUGCGCUGUUGUUGUUGAGGAACUCUGGUGGAAGGCAUUAGAAUUUGCAGCUCUGAGGCGGAGCUCUGUAUCAUUCUUUAACUCUAAUAAAUCAGAAACAGCUAUUUCCCGAUGGGCACGAGCUCGGACAAGAGCAGCCAAGGUUGGGAAAGGCCUGUCAAAGGACGUUAAAGGUCAGCAGUUGGCUUUACGACACUGGCUUGAAGCUAUUGAUCCACGACAUCGUUACGGUCACAACCUACAUUUGUACUAUGAUGUCUGGUUUGAGAAUGGGAGUUCUCAACCCUUCUUCUACUGGUUGGACGUUGGAGAAGGCAAAGAAGUUAAUCUUGACAAAUGCCCAAGGCCCAAUCUACAGCGUGAAUGCAUCGAAUAUCUCGGACCGAAAGAAAGGGAAGCGUACGAAGUUAUUCUGCAGAGAGGGAAGCUGAUUUACAAACAAAGUAAAGCGGCAGUUAACACCAUAGAAAGAACCAAGUGGAUAUUUGUUCUAAGUACAUCAAGAAUCCUGUACGUUGGGCAGAAGGAGAAGGGUCUCUUUCACCACUCCAGUUUCCUAGCUGGGGGAGCCACCAUUGCAUCGGGAAGAUUGGUUGUUCGUCGUGGAACUCUCGACGCUAUCUGGGCUUACAGUGGUCAUUAUCGCCCGACAGAAGAGAAUUUCAUGGAAUUAUGCAGUUUCUUGGAGGAACAUCAUGUCGACUUGACAAAUGUUAAGAAAUGUCCGAUAGAUGAUGAUAUCCCCAGUGAAGUUAAAACUCACAAGGAACUGAAAUUACCAGGGUCUGUUAAAGAAACGGCUGAAAAUAUUUCAUGUACAAAUACCGACCCAAUUCAUGCCAAAGAGAAUUCCAUUGGAAAAGAUCAUGGCAACGAAGAAAAUUGUGAGAGAAACAAGUCAGUUGACAAAACUGUGGCGUAUGAUUUGGGGAAGGCUGUAAAAUACAAGUGGAGUACAGGGGUUGGUCCUCGGAUUGGCUGUGUCAGAGACUACCCAGCACAGCUACAAUUCAAGGCACUGGAACAGGUUAAUUUAUCACCAAGGGUCAAGCCAGGACAUCCUUCGCUGACAUGUGGCUCAAUUCCUUCUCCGAGACCAAGUCCCAAUGUUCACUUAUCUCCUAGGCUUGCCUAUCUUGGACUAGUUAGCCCACGGGUCAGGGUUUCGGCUCGUAAUUAG